ACAAAUUAAAACAAAAUCUUCGAUCCUGAUUGGCUGAUUAAUCCCACCGGCGUCAUUCUGGUGCUAGCACUGCAGAAUCCAAGUCCCAAGUCCUCUCUACCUCCACGCAGAAGGGCCAACCUCCAACCUUGUCGUUGGUAUUGGCCAUCAGUCGUUGCAAGAGAGCAUCACUCCUGCGACGAUUGCUUCAUCUCCACUCGUCUCUCUCUAACCCCAUUACCAUCUCGAACCACACUUUGGAUUAAUUCCUUCUCUCAUUUGUUUUAUCUGUUCACUGGAAGAGAAGAAGAGCUGGAGCCUCUACAGGAAGCCCAGUCCUUAAAGGCACCUGGAAACGGCCGGAUCCGGUAUAGAACACCGUCAGCCGCCGAUUUAGCAGAUUCACACAUCCAUCCCCUGUCCGAUCCAGACCAACUGGAGAAGAUGCUGAAACGAUCGAGACAGCAAGAUUCCUUCUCCGACAAGCUGCAUAGGUACAGGGGGAUCAUCCUCGUCGUCUCUGUCCCGCUCCUUCUUAUCUCUUUCGUUCUCUUCCUCAUGCCACGAUCCCCCUCCGAUGAUCUCAUCUCCGUCGAAUCCGAUAAUGUUCGUCUCGGGCGUAGGGGCUCCCCUGAGCACCGGAGAUCCCGGUCUUAUGCGGUUAUUUUUGACGCCGGAAGCUCUGGUAGCAGAGUUCACGUGUAUUGCUUCGACGAAAGUCUGAAUCUCGUUCCCAUCAGAAAAGAUCUCGAGCUCUUCGUACAGAAAAAACCAGGUUUGAGUGCAUAUGCCAAUGAUCCCCAGAAGGCUGCAGAUUCUCUGCUAUCUCUUUUGGAGCAAGCAGAAGAUGUUGUUCCUAAAGAGUUGCGUCACAAGACACCAGUCAGAGUUGGGGCAACGGCAGGUCUGAGGGCAUUGGAAGGUGAUGCUUCAGAUAGAAUUUUGCAAGCGGUCAGGGAUUUUCUUGAAGACAAAAGUUCCCUGAAGUCAAAACCAGAGUGGGUCUCUGUUCUGGAUGGAACUCAGGAAGGCGCUUUUCAGUGGGUAUGCCAUUUUGAACUUCACUCUAUAUACAUAAAGAUUCACAGAUUGCAUCACAAACUACCUAGGGAAGUAUCAGUGGAAGGGAAUAGGCUUGGUGAAGUGCAACCAGAUUCUAGAAGAGAAGCUGCAGUGAAGAAAGAUGUGGCUAUAUGCCUCGGGUUCCAGAUGAUGCCCCCUUUUCUUCUUAAAGGGUCCUACAAAUACGGGGGCCAUGAAUAUGAAGUAUCAAGUUCUGCAUCUGGUUCCAACAUUGACAAGUGCACAGGGGCUGCUUUUAAGGCUCUCAAAGUUAAUGAAUCAGCAUGUACACACAUGAAGUGCACUUUUGGUGGAGUAUGGAAUGGUGGUGGUGGGGAUGGACAGAAAAGUUUAUUUGUUGCCUCAUUUUUCUUUGACAGGGCUGCUGAGGCUGGUUUUAUAGAUCCCAACCAGCCCGUUGCCAAAGUCCGUCCUGUGGAGUUCCAGGAGGCAGCAAAGCGUGCUUGUGAAACUAAACUUGCAGAUGCUAAGUCCACCUACCCGCAUGUUGAGAAAGAUAACUUACCUUAUCUAUGUAUGGACCUUGUCUAUCAGUUCACAUUGCUUGUAGAUGGGUUUGCUCUAGAUCCAUGGCAAGAGAUUACAUUGGUGAAGAAAGUGAAGUAUGGGAAUUCCCUGGUUGAAGCAGCUUGGCCACUAGGUAGUGCCAUUGAAGCUGCAUCAUCAUCAACAUAACCGGAACCUACAUUAUUUGCGAUAGUUGGGAAAAUUUUGGGUGCACGGAUUUCUUUCGCAUUAACAAUUUCUAGGGACGACUGGUGAAUCAUACCUAAAAAGCCUUGAGGGAUUAGACUGUUUUUGUUCAUUUUUUGAUAAGCUUCUGUAGGCAACGGAGAUUGGAUUUUUUUUCUCUCUCUAAUAUCGAGAAGUGGGCGGUGGGAGUCUAAUUCAACUUCCCUUCAUGCUGUUUGUUACAGAAAAUGUCAAUUUAUUACAUUUGUAAGAGAAGAUUUGACAAAUUGAUUGUUCAUUAGAACUCCAAAAACAGAUGAGAUCUCGGAACCCUUCUCAUUUAUCAUGCUUCUUUGAGCAUUAAACUUAAAACCAUUAUUCCCACUAAUUUAUUUUUAA